UCCUGGUCUGACAGCCCAGAGUCGUGAACUGCACUACCGAGAACUGCGUGUGAUGGAGGAGGAGCUGGCAUGGAAGUGGGACCCAUCACCAGCACAUGAUUAUCGCAAUUAUAUCCGCAUUGAUAGUUUCCAAGAGAUUCUUGCUUUUGGGGGAAGAAAUGACCAGGAUACAAUGGUGGUUGUGCAGGGCAGCAAGCCUUUGGCACAAAAUAUGUAUCACACCUGGACAGUCUUAAUUCAAAACAUAUGGAACGCUGAAGUGAUGAUUGGUAUUGCAACAGAAGAUGCCGAUUUUACCGAAAAAUGGAAUCCAAAAUGCCGACUUGGGAUGGAUAAAGAAUCGUGGGCUCUAUCUUGUGGAGGAUCUAUGUGUCAUAACAGCAUAGCAGUGAUCCAUGAAGACUUCCAGUUCUUUCCAAAAGAUUUCGUAACUGUUCAUCUCAAUCUGAUAAAAGGAACUCUUAUGUUUGCAAUUAACAACAAGAUUAUUGGUUUCCAGUAUUCAGAACUACCUCGCAAUACUAAUAUAUAUCCAGUUGUGGGUGUUGCCCGGCGAUGUGAGUUACGCCUGGUGUCAGCAUAUUCCUCUCAACCAUCUUUGCAACUAAUGGCACUCUUGGUGUACAUGAUAUCUAAAUGUAAGACUAGAGGUUCGCGGCAGGGUUGCAAGGUCCCAAAAAUGCCACAAGGAGCAUCUAUGCAAUGGCUGGGGACUGUCUCACUGGAAAGAUCCCGUCUUCCCCCUGGAAUGCUGAAAGAGUACAAGAUUCGUUACCCAUGGUUCACUGAGGAACAUUACAUAAAGCCUCGAACUCGUCUUGCAAAUCAUCAGCGACGCUUGCGGCAUAAAUCCCUCAUUCCCAAAGUGGUUCGACUUGCUGAUCCAUUUGAAGCUCCAAAACCAAUAACUUUUGUGCCUGCCCUGGAUAGAUCACCCAAACGCAUCAUCAGAAGUCGUAAAUGUCAUUGUGGGUUAAGUAAUAACAAAAAAAUAUGUUGCCAUGAGAGAGUCUUGAAAUUCUUCAGAAAGCGAGAGAUAUCUUAUCUGAGUAGUAGUGAUGAUGAAAUGUUUCCUCAUAUCUCAAAGAAAAGAAAAAAAUGCAAGAAGAGAAGUAAUACUUGACAUAGGGAGAAUACUUGUCACUUAACUCACUGUUUCUAUAGAUUUGUUAUAUGCUGCAGUUAAGAACUGUUUUUAUUUUAUGAGGAAAUAAAGUUUAUCUAGGAAAACAAGUUUUUAAACAAUAAAGCACAUCAGAAAUUUAGAAGGAGAAUUUUACCAAUACCAAUAAAAAAAAAAAAAAAAAAAAAAUCUGAGAAAGACAUUUUAAAAAAAUCUAGUUAUCCAAAAUGUUUGUUGCAUACCUUAAUGAAAUGAAUGUAUUGAUCUUCUCUUUCUCAUUUACUUUCUUUUUCUAUUAUUAUUAUUAUUAUUUUAUAUUAUUUCCAUUAUUAUUGAGUUUUCUUUGCUUCAUCCCUUCUUCACCAUUAGUGCCGGAUUAUCAUUAUCGUCAUCGUCAUCGUCAUCGACAUCGACAUCGACAUCGACAUCGUCAUCGUCAUCGUCAUCGUCAUCGUCAUCGUCAUCGUCAUCGUCAUCGUCAUCGUCAUCGUCAUCGUCAU